AUGGCUGAGGCACUUGGGACUGCUUCCGCUAUUAUCACUAUAUGGGAUCUAGUUGUCAAGGCCAAAAAAAUGCAUGACCAAAUCAAAACUGCCCCAGGUACCUGGAAACUAUACUGCGAUGGCCUCGAAAGCCUAGCCCAUGUCCAGAUCGUUAUCAAAGACCUAGUUCAAAGUACGCCUCAAAUGGCGAUUCCUAUGAUUCAACUCCACGAAGGCGAAACGAAAGAUCUUGUGUCAUUUGUUAAUGACAACCUGAAGAUCGUCCGAAAGCAGGCAACUAACAUCUUAGACCAGCACGAUCUUGUGACAAAUCGGUCAACUACAGCGAAUAAAUUCUUCGAAUGGCUCAGAAUCAUCAAGAAAAGCUACAUGUUUAUCUUGGAUGAACAAGAGAUAGGACCUCUAAGAGAGGCCGUCGAGUCUGCCAAGUCGACCCUCCAGCUAGCGUUGCAGUUAUUAUUCACAAAUAAGUUCUUCUCGGGGGAACAACGAAUGCAUGAUGAGCUUAAAAACAUCCAUGAUAGUAUGAAAAAGCAGGCAGGCAGGUUAAAAUCGAUUGAGAAGAAUAGGAAACUGAGCCAAAUACCGCUAAAACUCAAUUGCGGAAAGGUUUCUGCAUCUAGAGGCAAAAGGAUAAAGGCAGCUGCAUUACGGUUUGGUCGACUCACGAAUAAAACCAAUCAUGCCUUCGAAGCCUUGUUGGAUUCCGGAACUGUGACAGUAACCCAGCUUGUGGAAACAGAAGCGCAACUGUCACCUGGUACUGAAUCACAAGUCUUCACAAUCGAAAAGCAGGAUGAGAUGGCCCAGAAGAAAGGAGGGACACAGGACACUGAUGCAACUGAUGUAAGGGCUGAUAAGUCUGACGCAAAUGACGAGGGGACAGACGAGGGUGAUGAUCGUUCAUCCCUAAGCAAACCACUUAUCGUGGUGCGCCGGGAAAAGCCGCAAACCCGAGAAUACGACUUUGUCUGGCGUGAUGGCGAUAUAUUUAGUAUCCGCACCGAUACUGAUAUGUAUAGGGCUGCCUUUGAAGCACGGAUUGGUGACUAUCAAACUAUCCCGAUGUUUACGCUUGAUUAUCUCUUGGAGAACUUACCUGAUGCACAACAAGGCCAAGAUGCUCCCACUGAAGAUGGCCUGGAGGACUUUUUGGCACUUGAUAUGCCUUCUCCCGAUGAAUCGGAUACGGAACCCAUCAACGAGACCUUCUCAACCCCUAUCGAUUGCAAGCGGCCAACUUAUGCCUUCGUUGGGCACGGUAUUGAUACAGACCAACGCAUCUCGGAUACUACAACUUCAGUCCCAUUUUGCGUUUGGGUUGUCUGUGACUUACAGGCAUGUCAAAUAUUCGCUCUUCAGAACCCUUGCCGUGGCGCCUGUGAGCACGCAGAGCUCCAAUUGGAGUGUUUCGACAUGUGUCAGAAGAAGAACGGAUGUCGACACACAUUGGUAGAGGGUGCUGUAUCGUCAGAGGCAUGCUGCGUGCGACCAGUCACUCUGAGAGCUUGGUUAGAUGAGGAUGUUGUUGAAGAAGAAGCAGUUACGUCAACGGACGACGGUGCUUCAUAUGAAGAGUCUAAUUCUGUAUAUUCUACGAUCGGCAAGGACCACGACCGCGGUCACGACGACCAUGAUUAUGAUGAGCGUGCACUGGACUUAUUGCAAGCAGUCAUGACCAGAAUGCCUAACGGCUCUGAUGUCCCGGAUCGGAUCGAACUUGACGUCCUCGUCGGCUAUAUCAAGGUGGUCGAUAAACAAAAGCCCAUAGAGAGAGAGUUUUAUCUCCCUCAAGCGUGGGUCUGGGCUGAUGCUUUAUUGCCCAACAUGUCCACAUCUUUCGACGAGGAUGCAAUAGCAUGGCUCUGGAUUCUAUGGAGGGUCCAAAUGCCUACUGAGUUCCGGAAGCUAUCUGCUAUUGUAGCUCAGCAGGCAACAGGUCGCAUUGGCCCAGAACAUGACAGACAUGGUGUUGAGAUACCUGAGUCAAUCAUCGGUACGUAA